ACCUCACUGAAGAAGCCUUGAAGCUCAAAAAGAAAAAGAAAAGAACUAAGGGAGAAACCUCUGACCUCUGUCUCGUCCUUCACCGGCGGCGGCCUAUCUCCUUCGCCGCGACCGGAGACAAGCUGCACCGCGAGACCCCCGUCCUGCACCUCCGCUCAUCGCCCCCCAUCAUUCUUCCACUACCAUACGCAUGGUUGUGCUCAACUGGCCUUGCCAUUUCUUCUUCCAGAUCUGAGCCCAGUUCCUCCUCCACGCCAGACCUGUACCGCCGCCUCCUGACCUGUCGCCGCCGCCCUGCCUGCAGUGUCAGUAGGCUGAUACAAAGACAUGGACCUUCGCAAGGAAGUUACCGCUGCUAAGUUAACUGAUGAUCUAGUGGUCGAUAUCCUCUCCCGCUUGACAUACAAGGACUUUUGCCGCUGCAAAUGUGCCUAUAAGGCCUGGUCUGCCUUCUCCUCCGAUCCAGACUACCGCAAGAAGCUGCCCAAAAAAGUAACCACUGGACUUCUGUACCAGGCCCGCGAUAAGUCUGCUAUCCCGCUUGUAAGCCUUUCCCGGGAUGAUGGAGAAAUCGAUGGAAUUCUUGCUGACGUACCACACUAUGAGCAUUUAGAGUUUCUUGACUGCUGCAAUGGUCUAGUCCUCUGCAAAUACAAGAGCAGCUAUACUUCUCCAGGCAUUUGCCGCUUUGUUGUAUGCAACCCAGCAACACGAGAGUGGAGAGUACUUCCUGAUACUUUUGUGGGGACUGAUAGCUAUCGUCAUACAACUAUUUUGGCCUUUGAUCCUUCCUGGUCACCACACUUCUAUGUCUUCAACUUUAGUCACAGUUUGGUGGACAAACUUGAGAUGUUCUCGUCUGGCGGUUCCACGUGGCUUGUGGAUGAUAAAUGGGAUCCUGAGAUAACCUUUUCCUGGAGGAAGCCUCAGUUAUUUCUUAAUGGAAUGUUGUGCGUUCAGAUUGAUGGACAGCAAGUUUUGGUGUUUGAAGGCUUGGAGACAAUGAGCUAUGACAUACUGCCCUAUCAUUACACCAUUGACUUGCCAUUUGACUCUUCACCCGUGAAUAGUUUCACCGAUGGCUGCUUUGACAAAUCUUCAGGGAUCUUACACUACGCAUUGCCAGAUCGGAGUGGUCGUUCCAUUAUAGUUUGGACUUUGGACGAUUAUGCUCAUUGUUUAUUGCAUUGGACCGUGAAAUGCCAUCUUAACAUGGAAGAUGCAUUUGGAAGGAAAGACUUGGUGUACUAUGACAAUGGAGGCAUCAGUGGUGCCUCUGACUGGUUUUGGAACUGCGAUUAUCGGAUUCUUGCCCUCGACUUGGAGAGAGAGCUUGUUGUCCUCUCUGACAAUAAGACAAUGAAGCUUAUCUCUUAUAAUAUCAGCACCGGGGAACUUAACGAGAUACGAGACGGCAUUGAGGAGCACCGAUACUAUGUGCCAUGCUACUCAGAGCUUCCAGCCCAAGAACCUUCGGUGUAGUGUCAUCUUCUGUUAUCAGUGCCUUUGUGGCUGUUCCUGUGCUCUAGACGCUGAACUACCUUGUGUAAUUAUGCUAGUCGGUGAACCCUGUCACUUUAUUUUGUCGAUGCAGGGGUGAUAUGCUACCCUCCUGUACGGACAGAAAACUCUUCGCCAUGUGCCCUGGUUUACUACCUUCUAAUUUUGUUAUAUGUAA